AUCGGUGCGGGGGUCGUCAGCCGGCAGGACUCGUGUGGGCACAAAGCUGCGCGCCAUUUGCCCCCUGCUGAGCUGAUCAGCUCGUUCAUGAACGACCGCUGCGGCAACGUGUGCGCGGCGGGCAGCUGCCCAUACGCUGCCGACCCUCGGGCUGUGAUUGGCAUCUAG